AUGAAAGAAUUUAUAGUGUUUUUGACUGUUAUUUCAUUAACAUGUGGUAUUCAGUACAAUGGACUGAGAGUGAAAUUCGGCUGGUCAGACGCACUUGCAGACAAGGAGUACUUCUACAAAAUCCCGCGGACUAUUGUUGCGGCAGAGAGCGAGGGAUGGCGUAGAACUGAACGACCUCCAGGACCUAUGGAGGAACUUAGACUUUACUGUUCACUCGGUAGAGCCGUCUGUCCCUUGUAUGAUCCUUCCGGCUUCGUUGCCGGCUUACAACUUGCUUUUCCUGUGGAUGAGUUGAUAUCUCCGUCAUUCAAACCUGAGCACAGGUUCGUGAAAUGGAGUGUCCCAUCUACAGACGGGGAGCCUGGCAGAGACUACUGGUCCAUUACACAAUACUUUGUAUCAGAAGAAUCAUUAAAAGCCGGAGCUGGCCCACAAGUGGAGAAUGGCGCCACUUUGCAAGAUGGCGGUGUUUGGGUUAGCGACCUGGAAGGACAACUCGUGCGCAUCCCAAGCACUGAAGCUGAACUGAACACUACUAUAUUCAAGAAGCAAAAUUGCGUUCCUAACAUGGGCAUCCACUACCACUACAACAUGAGCCGUGAAACGUCUUGUGACACUUUAUUUCCAUGGUUCGCUCUGACCACUAAAGGAUACCUUGUGGGCGUCAGUUUCCAAAUGUUCGGUAAGCUGACGAAACCACCAAAGGGUAGAGAUUGGUUUGAAGCGUUCGACAGUGGCAGAAUAUUUGCGGAGAUGACCAUUCCCUUUGCACCGGAGUGUCUCUACAAACUAGCUGAUAGUCACCCAGUCCUAAGUCUCCACAUCUACUACAUCGAUAGCCCUUGGAACAUAAAAUGCCGUGAUGGAGAUUCAGCAAAGCCUGCCGGGGUCCUCAGCCGGCUUGUGCUAAACGGCGAACGCUACUCCUCCGCGAUGUGGGAUUAUAUGAAGAAAAUAUUUAACGGAACAGGA